AUUCUUCAGUAUGUCCUGGUUGUUCGGUUCCUCCAAGCCCGAGAGCGCUCCCGCCGCCGCCGCAGCUCCCACCGAAUCCGCCCCGGCCGAGAAGCCCAAGGUCAGUCGCACCACCCGUCCGCUCCCAUCGAAAAACCACCGCACCUUUCUCCUCGAAAUGCAGACCCAAAAACCGAGAAAGCUAACCCAACCCCCACACAAACAGCCCUGCUGCGUCUGCAAGACCGAAAAGACCGCCCGCGACGACUGCAUGCUCUUCUCCAAGACCGACGAUCCCACCCAGGAAUGCAAGUCGAUGAUUGAUCAGUACAAGGCCUGCAUGGCCGGGUAUGGGUUCAAGGUCUAGAACCCCGCCGCCGUGGCUGUUGUUCAGAGAGUGGGUUCCUGCUGGCAUGUUUCUGGGGUGGGGAGAACUUCCUCGACUCUGCGAUUGUAUAACAUAUGGGUUGUUUUAAUUGUUUUUUUGGGGGGGGGG